AUGGAGCCAAAGCUCCCCCAAGGUCUUGUGGCUAUAUCAAGUGUGUCUGCUAGUGAGAUCCUGCAGCAGGGCACAUUAAGUAAUGGCUUAUACAAGAACCUUUGGCAAGCCUACUCGACGUCGCACCUGGCCAGCAAAGAUGAGACCGAGCGUCGCCUCGAACAUCUCUUCUGGAGAAUAUGGGGUGCGAAACGACUCUCGAGCCGCGUUAAUACCCGUACCCUAAAUCGUCUUAUACUACGCAUUAAGGCGCCGGCAAUAUUAGUCGGACAAAGGGUGACUGUCCCACCGUUGCCUGUGACUGGCGACAAAGGAGAAAACGUAAACAUAAAUGCGUUCUACAUCGCACCAUAUGAACCGCGUAUUAGUGACUCAUGUGCUCGCAUCAAUAAGAAUCAGCCAGGCUGCGCUGUCGGAGCCUCUUCUCCUCUCUCAAUCGUGAGAAAGUCGCAGCCUUCACAGGUUGAAACAUAUAAAGCAACUCGAUUGCUCCUUGACACUCCCAUCGGCACAAAGAUAACACUCAACCCUUCUAAUUCACCCACCACAAGCAUGGCUGGUGAUCACACUUCCACUUCUACUCCCGGUAACACGGGCCGUCAGCGUCGCCAGAAGACCUUGACGGAUGCCAAGUCUACCCUCACUCCCGAGAAGGUUGGCGACCAGGAUUCCAAGAAGACAUAUAUAGCUUUUGAGUCUGCCACUGCUCCAAUUGACAUUGGCGACCGAGGUUCCAAGAAGACAUUCCUGACUGCUCCGAAGAAAGUCGGCGACCAGGACUCCAAGAAGACAUCCAUGGCUUCUGAGUCUACCACUGCCCUGGAGAGCUUGAGCCAGCAUGGUCCCAAGAAGACCUACCUUACUGCGACACGCCACGGACGAGGCCCACGCCGCCGCCCAGUCUUCAACCACCGCAAGUCCUCGCAGGUGUUUAUCCCGAGAACAGCAAUUCCAACCCGUCGCCGCUCUGAGCCCACUACCAAAGCCGAUGACUACGAAGACAGCUAUGUCGAGCUCGGUCUCUUGCAGCACCUCAGCUUCCGCGACGAGGACGACGAGAUCACGCGCAACCUGGGAUAUGAGAUUGCCCCCGCGCCAAAGCCCGCCAUCCCAUCCUUUUCACCAUUCGACGACGACGACUUUGUCGAUGACCCCGUCGCUGCGGAGGCUAUGAGAGAAGCAGCAGCAACAUCUCCUAUUCCUUUCCCGCGCGCUUCCACUUUCCGCCGCCCGAUGCUGAGCCCUGAGGAGGUCAGCAAGGUGAAGCCAUUGUUCAAAGUGGUGAAGAACCCCGUCAAAUUGCCUGGUGGACCGCAGUUUGACGUUCCUGGGGAUGUUGAGGGAGACUGGGCGGAUAUCUGUUGA